CCGGGGGGCGUGUCCCGGGGCGUGUCCGGGCGCGCAGGCCCCGCCCCGUGCCCUUGAGGCGGAAGAUGGCGGCGCUGCCGAGCCUGGCCCGGAUCGCCCGCUCAGGUGUGCUGCCCCUCUGCCACUGGCCAGCAGUGAGGGGCAGAGCCUCCUGGCAGCUCCACAGCCUCCUGCUCACCCCGUGCCGUGCCUUCAGCAACAACAAGAUCCUGGUGGAGCUGGACGAGAGCAAAGGUGUUGCCACGAUGAAGUUCAGGAGCCCCCCAGUCAACAGCCUCAGCCUGGACUUCCUCACAGAGUUUUGCAUAAGCCUGGAGAAGCUGGAGAACGACCGGGCCUGCCGGGGUGUGAUCUUAACAUCCGAUGUUCCCAAGAUCUUCUCAUCCGGCCUGGACAUCACAGAGAUGUGUGGGAAGAGCACAGAGCACUAUGCAGAGUUCUGGAGAGCUGUGCAGGAGAUGUGGCUCCGGCUGUACAGCUCCAACAUGGUGACAGUUGCUGCAGUCAAUGGGUCCAGCCCAGCAGGAGGUUGUCUCAUGGCCCUGUCGUGUGACUACAGGAUCAUGGUGGAGAACCCCAAGUUCAGCAUCGGCCUGAAUGAAGCUCAGCUGGGCAUUGUGGCUCCCUUCUGGUUUAAGGACACAUUUGUGAAUGUUGUGGGACACCGUGUUGCUGAACUCUCCCUGCAGCUGGGGUCCCUCCACCCUGCACCCGAGGCUCACAGGUUAGGCCUGGUGGAUGAGCUGGUGCCAGGGGAGAAGCUCCAGGAGAAGGCUGCAGCUGUUAUGGCUCAGUGGCUGGCUCUUCCUGACCAUGCCCGCCAGCUCACCAAGUCCAUGAUGAGGAAGGCAGUGCUGGACCGCCUGGUAGCUCACCGGGAGGAAGACAUUAAGAACUUCAUCACCUUCAUCUCAAAAGAGUCCAUCCAGAAGUCCCUUCGCAUGUACAUGGAGAUGCUGAAGAAGAAGAAGGGCUGAGGAGCCGAGCUGCCUGGGGACGGGUCCCAGGAGCUCAAGUGACCCUCUGAAACCCUGCAGUAGCUGCAAGACUUUCACAGUGAAGCCAUCUGCAGUGUCAGCAGUUGGGGAUGUGCUGCCUGCUCCUGUGGCCACCCCGACCACCCCUUCCCCUGGGUCCCCUAGAGUGCCUGUCACCACUGCUGCCUUUCCCAACAGCGGGGAGAGCUGCCCCCUCGGCUCCCCCGAGAAACGGGACAGGGAGAGGGUCUUGAUGCUGCUGGGGCCCCAGCCCACCAGUCCUUGGGCAUCCUCCCUCCUGUCCAACACCUAAUUGUGAAAUGAGAUCUGUCAAUAAAGUCUUUGAUGAGGUA